CUUCCCAUGGCCGCGCCAACAAUACUAGAGAAAUUAAAGAAAAAAUGGAAUCGUGAAUUUGUUAGCUCCUCCCUCUUUUCGUUCUUGUCUUUUUGCAUGAAGUUCGUAUUUAUGAGUUUCGUCUCUCAAGAGGGUCGACGGCAGAAGUCCAUUUGCUCGCCGGAAACCGGCCGUCUCCCAUGGACAAGGGCCGGAGGCUGACGAUAAGCCUGAGCGAGAGAUACCUGGGGAGCUACGGCGGCGGCGGCGGCGGCGGCCAUGGAGUCGGCGGCGCCGACGCGCCCGAGCUCGGAGAGGAGGACAUUUGGUCGGCGGUGGACGACAUGGCGCUCCCCGCGGGGGGCGCCGGCGAUCAGCAGGGCGCGUGGACCCCACGCGCCGGCAGCGGGAUCGGCGGCGGGGGCGCCUCGGUGGGGUCGUUGGGCGACGGACGCCGCGCGGGCGGGCUGUCCCUGGCCCUCGUGGACUCUGGAGGCGGGGUGGCGUCCCCGAGGAUCGUGCACCAGUUCCGCGGCGGGAACGCGGCGACCGCCGGCGGCGGGGCGGCGCCGUCGCCGCGGGGGCGGCAGCUGGCGUCGUCGGCGCCGGUCAACGUGCCCGACUGGAGCAAGAUAUACCGGGCCGACUCGGUGGAGUCGCUGCACGACUCGGACGACACGUUCGACGACGGCGAGGCGGCGGAGAUGGUGCCGCCGCACGAGUACCUGGCGCGGGAGUACGCGCGGAACCGGAAGGGGGCGGCGGCACCGUCGGUGUUCGAGGGCGUCGGCCGGACGCUCAAGGGCCGCGACAUGCGGCGGAUCCGCGACGCCGUCUGGAGCCGAACCGGGUUCGACGGGUGAAAACUUUUUUUUUUUUUGUUGGUGGGGGGCGGGCAAUGAUCAGCUGAGUCCGACUCAGUUACUCGAACUUUGAACUGAGUCGGACUCGGAACGAGUGAGCUCAAGCAAUGAUUGCAAGUUGCAAUUAUUGUGCAUUUGUCCAGCUCUAUAUUUUUUUUUGGGGUUUUUCUUGGUUGAAUUUAGGAUAUUCAGUGCAGCCUCUUGUAGAGAAAAAUAUGAUGAUUUCUUUUUCUUCUUCUUCUUUUUUUUGGCCUGAUUUAUUUAGUGUUCAUUUCUACGCGAAACAAAAAAAAAAUUGUUUUCACUCGA